AUGUGGAUAGUUGCCAGAUGGAGAACAUUACGGGAACGCCCAACCCGCUCCACGCGCUGCGUAUUUUAUGGUGGACAUGCUUUAAAUGACCGCAUGAAGAAGCCCACACCGUCUGAGCGACGUCGCAACUUGGAACGGUAGGUCAUCGUCUUGGGCUCGGAGUAAGGAUAAGUUAGUGAAUUUUUAUAUAUAAGUUUUUUAGCUUAUCAUUAAUUUUCAAGGAGCCUUUGAGUACUCUUACUAAUUUACAUUAGCUUAAUUAAUAACUCGUAUUAGAAAGUAAACAAUAAGAAUAAUUUAUUUUAGUCACUAUGGUACGGUCGAAUUUCACUGUCGAUUUGGGAACUCGUUUCUGGCUUCGCUUUACUGGGGCUUCAGACGGAUCCAUUACUUUUUGUGCUUUUAUGACAACGGUAUGUUCUAAACCCUUUGCCAAUUAAUCAUUUGCACCAGAUGUGGAAGUCGACGUGGAGGAUCUUCUAAUUAACCCGUUCAAUACACAGCCUCCGGCGUUGGACGAUUUGCAAAGGCUCACCGGCUUCCGAAGAGACUGGAUCAUGUUUUUGUACAGGAAUUUUAAACAGGUAAGAAAUGUAAAAAUGAGGGUUUUAAGUUUAACAUAAUGCAAAUAGCAACUGAAAAGAUCAAUUUAACACAUGAUUGUAAAGUUCUAUGACCUGAGCGAUUUGAAGAUCAAUACUUUCAAGCUCGUUAUCUCUUUUUGAACGUGUAAAUUCACGGAGCGUCGGCGAUGUAUGAACGUACAUCAACAUAAUAGUCAUCUGAAAUAGCCCAAACUUUAAAAAUUCGAAAUUUUAAACUUUACAUCCUUUACACUUUAAAGAAUGUCACAAAUAUAAGCUAUAUUUUACUCCUAUAUUAAACUUAAAAAUCACGAAAUGUAACUUACGAUAACAAAAAUGAACGUGUGUGCAAUCAUUUCGUCGAUAGCACAACAACAAAGUAAACCCUAACCUUGCUUUCACUUUUUAUGUUAUUGUUGUUGUAGAUCUCGGCGAAUGGUCGGAUGUCCCAGAUGCAAUGGCGACAGAUAUUCAGGUUAAUAUUCAAAGGAACCACUGAUUAUGAAUUCGCUGACCGCCUUUUUAACGCCAUCGUAGGCACUCGCUCCCAUCGUAUGAUCACAUUUGAAGACCUGAUUGUAUGCAUAUACGAUCUGACUCAGUCUUUCCAGGCAUCGAACGAUUCCAUCGAUGAUUCUGUUCCUUCUACUACUAAAGCUCAAUUUACGUUUUGCUUAAUGCAACCGGAUGAUAAGGUAUGGCAUUAUUUGUAAAUUAUGACAAAAUUUAAAGGAUGUAGCCUUUUCUAUUUAGUAUAGUAUUUUUUAACAAAAUGACACAAAUUUAGUUUUAAAAAUGAGAUUUUAGCAAGUAUAUAUGUUACAUUUUUAGGGUCGUGUUGACAUAGAAACGUUUACAAAUUACGUGGAAUGUAUAUAUAACCUGAAUGCAUCGCUCAAAGGCUCAGCAGCUUCUGGAGACGCUGCCACUCUUGGCAUCAUUAGUGGAAGCACACAUGGCUCACAAUAUUACGGUGAUAAGGGGAAAAAAGAAGUCUCUCAACCAUGGGUUCAAGCUAUGGCCAAACAACAGUUCAAGGUAUGUAAAGUAAUCUAGGUUGUCAAUUCCCAUGUGGAUUACGAUUAUUCUUUACAAAAAUAUACCAAUUUUGUAAACAAUUAUAACAUUGACGACAGAAAGUCGCAAAAAAUGUUAGUUUUUAAGAAGAAUUGACUUUUUUGACAGUUUCAAUUAAACAAAACUGUCAGAAAAACAUAACCAUUCCAGGCUAUUGAUCUUGAUGAAGACGGAUACAUUAUGCUAAAGGACGUGCAAAGGCUAUUCAAUGACCGAGAAGACAUUUACAAAGGAAUAAUUCUCAAAAAAGAAUCUCAAAUCGACUUUUAA